GCAGUGUAUUUGCCCGGCUACAGUGGCGCAGGACUUUCACAUCAUCUCCCCUCAUCUUUCCCCGGUCUCUUACGUUUGGAAACCGAACUCUAUCGACAUGAACUCGCUCUCAUCGCCGACCAAGACGCCUGUUUGCGCAAAAGUGAUCUUUAAUUCUCUUUUAGUCAAAUGAACCUAACCGCGCCGGCCAAUGUAGCCGUCUAGUGCUCAGUUCUGCCCGUUCGGAGCGUUUUGUUUGCUGGAUUGUUUUCAGCUUUAAUACAUUCACCUUCGGAUUGGCCAAAAGCAUCUUCACAUCAGUCGGAUCAAAGAAGAGAUUCGACUUUUUUUCAUCCGGGAGCGGGGGAUAAUAUGUCAAGACGCAAACAGACCAACCCUUUCAAAGUGAAUUGUAGGUAUCCCAGGGCCUUUUCACACGACUGGGUUGUCCGGCCCGCAGCACACUUUUAAGAUGGAUGCUAGAGAUUACUUCAUUGAGGACGGGGAAUGCCAUAGCAACAACUCACAGGAACCUGAAGUGCAAGACAGCACAAGUGACGACGGUGAUAGUGAUUUUGACAAAGACGACUCCUCAAAUGCCUCUGCUGAUGACAGCAUGACAAGUAAUAAGAGCAACCACGGCCCCAUACUACAUGAUGACGUCAAGGAGGAGAACGAGGAGGGGACAGACCAGGGGAGCAGUUUUGUAUGUCCUCUUUGUUCCCUGGAGUUCAAUAGCCCAGAUCAGCUCAUCGCACACGUCUACCAGCAUACACCUGUGGGUGACAGUAAGAGUUAUGUCUGUCCUGUUUGCGGAAGAGCUCUCAGUUCCCCAGGCUCUCUUGGUCGCCAUCUUCUCAUCCAUUCAGAGGACCGACUGUCCAACUGUGCCGUAUGUGGGGCUCACUUCACAGACACCAACAACUUUAACAGGGAAAAGUUGAAGGAGUUCCUCGACACAAGCAGUAUAGAGAUCAACAGUGAUGGUGAGGCCUGUGCCAUGUCCGACUCUUUACCCAGAAGCACUAUGACUAACCCAAACACAAGUCCUGGUCCUGGACUGACCUCAUUGCCAGAUGGUCUUCUCCCUUCUGCACCUCCUCUUCACUCGCUCUCUGAUAGCCUUAAUCCUCCAAACACAGGACUUCCGCCUCUUCCAGACCUCAUGAACCCUAUGCCCGUGUACCCAGCUGGGGUUUUGUUGGUCUGCAACGGCUGUGUAGCCUACCAGCAGCUUGUGGAUGCCCAGUCGCCGUCCAUGCGGAAAUGGGCGGUCCGUAGGAAGAACGAACCUGUAGGGGUGCGGAUGCAGCGGCUUGAACGUGAGCGAACGGCCAAGAAGACCAAGCGGGCAUGUGAGUCACCAGAGGAGCGGGAGAUGCGCCGCUUACGAGACCGUGAGUCAAAGCGGUUGCAAAGGAUGCAGGAGACAGACGAACAACGGGCACGUCGUCUGCAGCGAGACCGGGAAGCCAUGCGACUCAAGCGUGCCAACGAGACACCCGAGAAGAGGCAGGCGCGGCUAAUCCGUGAGAGGGAGGCCAAGAGGCUAAAGCGGCGCUUGGAGAAGAUCGACCCAUCGCUGAGAAACCAGAUCGAGCAUGACCCUGCUGCGAUGGCUGCGCUCACUGCUGAUAUGAGUCUAUUCCAGUUUUCCUUUCCCAUGUCUGUCCCGUCUAUGGACAAUGGGUUGUUUAUGAAGCUUCCCUAACAAGCACAGCUCCAAACACCUCUCAGCCCAACAUUCGAGAAGAAUUUGCCAUUCUUAAAGAAUAACUAUCUUGAACAUAACUGUGAUGAGAAGGUUAUGGUCUUGCAGAUUCAAGGAGGUGCUCAACCUGACAGCGAUUUGCAGUGAUGUAGGCACCAGAUGUCUUUCAUUUUCAAAGAGAGAUUUGAGGCGACAUGAUAGACCAUGAGUUGCAAUGCAACAAUGUUGACCAGAGUUCAACUUUAUGCAGAUAGGCGGCAACACACAUGGAGACUACCAAUUGGAGUGUAGACAGCGAAGUUCACAUUUUCCUCUUCCUACUACACUUGGAUAUCGCAGUUGAGGACAGAAGUGGUUCUACAGGAUAGACAAGACCGGCAAUUGCACCCCCUAAGGGUGGCGGAUUAGAGUAGUCAACAGCAAGAGCUUGGCAAUGUUUAGCAGGCUACAAUGACAUAUUCGAUAAUCCCUCUAGGGGCCUUCAUCCCUUUAACUACGAUUUCAGUAAAAAAAUCAAAAGAAGAGCAGGCAUCAUACAGAUGAUAUUCCCAUCUGGUAGUCAGAAGAGGAAAGAGGAGUCUGCGGCACCAGAGUCCCUUACAAUCACAACCAGUCAAGUAGGAACACCUACUAGCAACCAACAGCAUGUCGACUUGCCGACCUCCAGUGAUUUAAUUGCGGUCAGUGUGAACAACCCUUUAUGGAUCUCUGUAACAAACUGACUUACAUAAUUAACUGAACUUGUAUAAGAAAAUUCCGACAUUCACAGAAGGGCAAACAUGUUACCCUCUCUGUAAGCAUGUUUUAGGAGACUUGUCUACUUUGUUUUCAAGGCUCAGCCUUUUAGCCGUCUUUCUUCAGAGCAGUGAGAUCCUUCCAGAAGGAGGUUCUCGGUUUGCACACAGACCUACAGUGACAGGAGUGAGACAUGUAGCCACACUCCACACUCAGCCUACUCUUCAAAUUUGCCAGUCUAAAAGGUUGGAGUUUACCUGCAACUAUGGCUCACCUCCCAGGACCCUAGAUUGGGUCACUACUAACUCAUACUCACAGAAGCAACUACCUCACCAUGGGAUCCUUGCAUGGCCUAGUCACACCUGUGGCCUCAACCGGAACCACAGGGGCCAUGCAGGUCCACACACUGACUUACUGUUCCCUAUGCCAACACACACUCUAGUCCAAGGGUGUCCAACCUUGCUCCUAGAGGGUUCAUCCUCCAGAGUUCACCCCUGAACCAUCUAAUCAAGGUAUUCAGGGUUACAAGAAACACCCAGGCAGGUGUGUUGGAGCAGAUUGGAGCUAAACUCUCCAUGAUGGGGGCUGUCCUAGAGCAGGAUUGGACACCCCUGGUAUUAUCAUUGCUCUACAUGUUCGCCGAAACGACAACACCUUAUUUAAAUGCUGUUUGAGUGCCGCUGACCCAAAUGCUGAAAUCUAAAUGGGCUUGCAGUCUCGUGGUCUUUGCUUAUGCAGUUUUAUGUUCACAAGACCAUAAGGUGCCCUACUUGUCACAAAUGACAAGGAUGGCACCUUUACAGCCACUGUAUCCCUCAGUGCACCCUUUAGUUGAGCCUGGUGCGGACUUUGGAAACGGAUUGCUACCCGAGAGUCUAUGCGGUUUUAUAUCACUUAAGUGUGGACUUCAAGAAGGACUUCAAGGGCUGAGGGUGCCAUUUGGGACAAGGCCUCUUGUGGCGACUUUGUCCUUUUUUAAAAGAGAAAGGUGCAGAUGUACUGUUAAAUACUAAAAGUAUCUGUUUCAAAGCACAUUCAGACACACUUCUCUGACCUCCGAAAGGCUUUAUACCUUAUCACAAUGCUACACGGGUUGAUAUUUGUCUAGGAACUCAGGGAUGGUGUGGAUCACCGGCAUCCUCACGACCUGAGAACGCAGAGGUGCAGGAGACCUCCUCUUCCUCAUUCUUCAUUAUUAUUUCUCUUGUUCAGACUGCAAACUCCUCACCUGAGCCAAAAUGUCGAUAUGGAUAUUACACAACUCCAUGACGUCUCAACUAACCAACCAGUCUCUGCCCUCUGCUGCUGUCACUGUACUGUAUAACGUGUAUGUUACCUCUUUAAACCAGUGCGGACCCGCACUGGACCUGGGAAUGCUUGUUGUUAAUGGUGAGGUACUUAGUGUGUGCUAGAUCUCUAUGGCAACAUGCAUAGUGUACAAAUUCAAAUUGUUGCCUUUGUCACUGGAAAGUUGUGCUUUGGUUUUAUAUUUAAUGAUUUAAAUGAAUUUGUGUGCUAAUUCUAUGAGAUGUGCAAUGAUGUAAAGGUUUAGCGAAUGCAUGUACAAUGAAACAAUCAGGACAAAAACUUCCAGAGAGAAAUCCCUCCUAUAUGAAGCAGUGAUGAUGCUGCAUAUGUAUGUAAAAAUUUAAAUGACAAGGUAAAGACACAUUCACAUUUCACACUAAUUAAAAGGUGAAGUGUGUAAUUUCUGCGCAAUAUCUGAUUGCAAAGGCAGAUGCCAAAAUAACACUUGCAUCCCAAACACUGCCCCCUGUCUUCCACCAUUCACCAAACAGGUACUCCCACCAAAAAAUUCAAACCAGUUCAGAAGUUGACAUGUUAGAACGCCCAACAAACAAAGCAUAAGCACCGCAGUGUUUAUGGUAGUGGUUCUUAAACUUUUUGGGUUAACCACGUCAAGAGUAAAACUACAAAAGCAGACCAGCAAAUUUCAUUUUAGGGUCUCAUCCAAUGCCCUUUUCACCGAUUCUGUCUUGAGCCACAGUUCUAUACAUUUUCCAGAAGGCUGUUUUGUUCUUAUUUUAUAGAAAUGAAUGCUUCUUUUAGCUAAUAAACCAAUGAGCCGACUGUUUGCAAGCUAAUUGGACCAAACUCACAUUACGUACAUUGACAUAUAAAGACAGAUAACAAAACACUUUGUCAUAAAAUGAAUGUUAAUUAAUUAUGUUAAUUAGUCGGUUUGUUCAAUGUUGGUGCUUAUGUUAUUUAUUUACGUCUUUUUUAUUGACUAAACUCGCAAACCACAGUUUGAGAACCACUCUGCAUGUAAAGUUGGGAGAACAUUACACACAUAACCUUGAAACCUUACUCACUGCUCAGUGUGUCAUAUUGGGCGGAAGGGUCAGUCAUGUUAAAACGGACCACUGUACAUCUGUAAGUACCUCUUGAAAACAGGGUAGACUGUGUGAGUGUAUGGUAUGUCUUGUAUUUCAUUCCAAUACUUAUAACAAUUUAUUUAUUACUACAGUGAAUGACGCACAUUUCAGUGUUUUAAAUUCACAAUGUUGUCAUUACCUUCUUUAGAGAUACCUCUAAUACUCAUAGCGAAGCAGCUGAGCUUUCCCGCACAGUUGAAGGCAACUGGAUACUGGUCCCACGUUUAUGCUGUCGUGAAGUAUUAAUGAUGGGCUCCUUAAGAAAAAGAAAGGAUUUAAUGUACAUGUGAUGAAGCAUCACUAUGCAAUUGAGAGCUGUACUCAAGAAACUUUGUAUUACUACUAUGCAGUUGAUAUGAAAGUAAAUGGACUCAAAUGCUCCAGAUCACAAACCUCAGGCAACUCUUGACAGUCAAGCCAUUGGUCCUCAAGUCCGUAACCUCACCCACGAGAUCCAUCCUUAGCUUUGUUUUCAGUUACUCCAUUGAUAAGGACCGAGUUGUAGUUGAUGUAUGCACAUUCAGGAAGAGCAAUGCAAUUUUUACGAUCAAUACCCUGAAAUUCAUUAUAAAGCAGUUAUUUUGUACAGUAGCAUCAAAGUUGUGGAAACCCAUCCUGAUGCAAUGAAAAAAAUCAAAUGAUUCGCUGUAGUCCAGAACGAGAUGUUGGCAGGAUGCAUUGUCUAUUUUGAAGAAAAAAUAUAUAUAAAAGAGUAUUUUCAAACAUUAACCCCGUUUAGUCUGCAUUAUUCCUAAACUAGUAUUUUUAGUGGUAUGCAUUGCCAUGUGACAUGUUAUGUAUUAAACAACCAUUUUCUUUUACAUGUCUGUGCAUGUAAGUCAGUAAACCCCUGGAAAUGGAACUUGCAUGUUAUAAAAUACAUGUUCUAAAUGCAUUUAUAUACGAGCUUUUCAUUAAGGAUUGGAGUUCAGUAAUGACUUGCCUUUUUGUCAGUCUAUCUAGAUAUUUUCAUGAUAAUGUUUACAAAUCUAAAAGGCCAAAAUGAAUGAAACUUAAUGAGAGUGACUAGAAUAACACUGAUCACAAUGCCAAAUGGUCCUGUUCAGAAAGCUCUGUUAUUGGCUAACCAGAUUGAAAGCUCGUCAUGAAAAGCAGGAACAGAAUGUGGAAUAAACAUUGAUUUUACUGCUA